UUUUUUUUUUUCCUUAUAAUAAUUUUUAUUAUUUUUUAAAACUAUAUAAUAUGGGUCUCUUAGAUAUCGUUCCCGCUGGUGUUGUCACUGGUGACAAUGUAAAGAAGAUUUUCGAUUACGCUCACAAGCAUAGCUUCGCCAUUCCUGCCAUCAACUGUACUUCUACCAGUACUGUUAAUGCUGCUCUUGAAGCUGCCAAGAAGUCUCAAUCUCCCAUCAUUAUCCAAUUCUCCAACGGUGGUGCUGCCUACGUUGCUGGUAAGGGUAUUGAUAACAAGAACCAAGAAGCCUCUAUUCUUGGUGCUGUUGCCGGUGCUCAAUAUGUUCGUUCUAUUGCCAAGGCCUACGGUGUCCCCGUCCUUGUUCACUCUGAUCAUUGUGCCAAGAAGCUCUUGCCUUGGUUCGAUGGUAUGCUUGCCGCUGAUGAAGAAUACUUCAAGGCUCACGGUGAACCUCUUUUCUCUUCUCACAUGUUGGAUCUCUCUGAAGAGCCCAUGGAAGAGAACAUUGAGAUCUGUCUCAAGUAUCUUAAGCGUAUGGCUCCCAUGAAGUGUCUCCUUGAGAUGGAAAUUGGUAUCACUGGUGGUGAGGAAGAUGGUGUUGAUAACUCUGCUGUCGAUAACGCUUCUCUUUAUACUCAACCUGAAGAUAUCUGGGAAAUCUACCGUCGUUUCUCUGAGGUUACUGAUCUCUUCUCUAUUGCCGCUGCUUUCGGUAACGUCCAUGGUGUUUAUGCUCCUGGUAACGUCAAGUUGCACCCUGAACUUCUCGGUAAGCAUCAAGCUUAUGUCAAGGAGAAGCUCAAUGCUGAGACUGACAAGCCUGUCUACUUUGUCUUCCACGGUGGAUCCGGUUCUACUCACGAAGAGAUUAAGACUGCUCUCAGUUUCGGUGUUAUCAAGAUGAACGUCGAUACCGAUACUCAAUGGGCUUACUGGCAUGGUCUCCGUGACUUCUACGAGAAGAACAAGCCUUAUCUCCAAUCUCAAGUCGGUAACCCCGAAGGUGAGAAUAAGCCCAACAAGAAGUACUAUGACCCACGUGUAUUCAUCCGUGCUGCUGAACUCACCAUGGUCGAACGUGUUGAAAAGGCUCUUGAUGAAUUAAACGCCAAGAACACUUUGUAAAUAACUCCCACAUAUCAAUUUUUUCUUCCUUUUCAUAAUAACGCAUAUCUGUAAACAUAAAUAAAAUCUCUAUUUUUAUUGUAC